AUGGCUUCCACCGGAAACCCAACCAACGGCCUCCAGAGAGAAGCGCAAAUUCAGUCAUCAGGAGCUGGAAAGAGCACCAUUACCACCGACGGCUCUGUAGUUACCUCCUCCGAUCCUACCACCAACCCGUCCGCCAGUGUCGGCCAGAAGCUCAAAGGCGACGUAAGCGGUGCCAUCAGUGGAAGCAUCGGAAGCAUGCAAGCUGCUACAGGCUCACUUAUAAGGAACAAGGGGUUGGAAGAGAAAGGCAUGACGAAGAUGCAAGAAGAAGACGAGCGGUUAGGUGCGAAGCGAGGCGUCAUGCCGGUAGGUUCGGGACAGAGACACACUAAAGGGGACGUGUGA